AUAAGAAAAGCGGAAAAGAGACCAAGAUAGAGUACUGCAAGCUUUAAACAUGUCCGGACGGUCAGUUCGAGCCGAGACCCGAAGUCGCGCUAAAGAUGACAUUAAGAAGGUCAUGGCGGCUAUAGAAAGGGUUCGUAGAUGGGAGAAGAAGUGGGUGACUGUGGGGGACACAUCUUUGCAAAUAUUUAAGUGGGUGCCCGUAGUAGACACAAAAGAGAAAGACAGGAGUAAAGUCAAUGUAGAUGGAGCAAGGGGGCUCAAGAAGUUUUCUGCAGACACGGUCUCAGAAAAUGCUCGCUCAGUCUUGCUGGACUUCCAGGAUGAGAACAGCAACCAGAGCUCCCUGUCUGACAUUUACCAGCCCAAAGUUGACAGUAGCAGCAACUCCAGCCCGCAGGCCAGUGAGCCAGUCAGCCCCGCCCAUACCUCUGACUUCCGCACAGACGACUCACAGCCUCCCAUGCUGGGCCAAGAGAGCAUGGAGGGGCCAUCACUGCAGAUAUGUAAUGUUGCUGACGAGCCACCAACACUGAUUAAGGAGGACCUACUACCCCUCACUGCUCAGGAGGAAGAGGAAUGUUCAGGAGCACCACCACUGAAGAAAGUUUGUACAGAGCAGAACCCAGUCCUACAGGCAACAACUCUGAGCUAACUUACAAUAGACUUUAAUCAGUUAGCAAAUUGCGCUGCUCUUUAUGCUUGGGAAGAGCUGUCAAAGACACACCAAGAUCCACACCUCUCAGUAUUCAGCAGAAUGAGUGUAUAUUAAAUACACCCAGGAAAGGGUACUUCAAAAGAACAUUUUCUUUUGCAAGUGUUGCAUCAUGGCAGAAUUUCUUAGGUGCUGUUUCACUGGAGACACCCCGUACAAACAGCAAAUGACUAUCAUCUGCAAACAAUAAGCAAUUUGGAACAAACAGUUGAACAGCAGUCAUGCUUGAUAUAUAAUUUUAAAGGGUUUGUUUCCUGUUCAGCCUUGAGUCAAAAUUUAAUAUGAAUAUGUUUGAUUGUCAGUGCAUGUAUUUUGAUCAUUGUCAGUUGGAUGUUUAAUUUAAUAUAUCAAAGCUAAAUCUUUUCAGAAAGACAAAACCAGUUACCCACCAAUUAAUAUGUUAGUUUCAAAUGACCUCUAUUUACUGUACAGGGUCUAGAAUAGUCUGAGAAACGCUCAUUAUAAAACACGGAGAAAAUAAGUUCAAAAUGGGUUCAUAUUGUGGACAUCUGACAUUUUUACACUAAUUAUUCAGGACCAGGGCUAUUUUAGUUGUUAACAUAUUGUUUCAAUGGGCUUGCUUAUGGAUCUGCUUUGUAUUUAAAACAUAUUUCACAUUUGCAUAUUUAUUUUCAAUUUAAAAGACACCUAAGAUACUGUCCUUUCAAUACAUAUCAAAUUUCACUAAUGUCAUAGCACCUU